AUGAAAUUAUCUUCCAAGAAAUACCGUGGAGAACGGCCGAAGAUGUGUCAUGUUGUGGAAAAACUGGAGAACGCACUUCGCUUGCAGGAGAUUUUUGAAGAUGUAGAACAGAAACGACUGUACUAUGAAGAGAUAAGUAAGGCUUCAUCACCUCGUUUGGUCUACAGAUCCGAAGAGCAUCUAAAGUUACUUCUCUCCAAGGGAAUCUUUCUUAACAGAGGGAAAACGUGGUUUUGCUUAGAUAAGGAUGGGGAACAUUGUGAAAUGAUAUCCGCAGCAGAAUGUUUGAUUCCUGUUCGCAUUGUAUCCUCCGAUUAUUAUUACCAUAAAAAAAAAUCAAGAUUAGGAGUGAAAUCAAGAUUUGCAGUGAACUACGAUAUACCAUAUUCUAGGCAAUUCAAAACACACGUCAAAACACAAUUUUUGUCAUCACAUAUCACAUAUACACUAAACCUAGUGUUCCAUUCUGAUCAGUACACAACUAAUGACUAUUUGGGAAUCAAUUACAUAUUGGCUGGGGAGACAAAAUCUUCAUCUGUGUACUUAGCAAAUAAGAGAGAAGAUGGAUGGUUGAUGGCUGAAUUGUAUCAAUUUAAUAGCGACAGCAGAAAUGUUGAUUUUGAAAUUACGUUUCAGUCCAAUGAUCCAUUGUUGGUAGAAGGCAUCGAGUUUCUGCCUGUGGAAAGAGUGGAUCAUCAAGUGUUAGAGGAUGAGGAUGAGGAUAUUCAAACCCACACAUACUCAGAACAAAAAUUGCCAUGGGAAUAUGGACAAAUAAACGAGAGUGGUGAUGUGUGGGUUUCUCGUGCAAAAAAUAGGGAAAUAUGUUAUAUGCUCUCAGCAAAAGUGGCUUUACUAAAAGAAGAGUGGAGAUGGCGGUCUUUACCCGAAUCAAGAUUUGAAGAAGUGGCUUUUGAUCCACAUGGCAGCUUUUGGAUAUUCUUCAGCACUGAUAGGCUGUCAAGUGAAACAACAUAUGCAACUUACCUUGUUUACAGAUUAGAAGAAAACCAUUUUGGAUUUGAGCCUCCUUUGAAAGUGAAGUCUGGUGAUUACCUUGUCGGUAGGAAAGAUUCAUGGUUCAUCUAUUUACUUUGGCCUCAAAUUCCAAUUAUCAGACCAAAGGUUUAUCAAAGCACCCACAACCCAAUGAAUAGACCCCAAACGAUAUACCUUCCACAACAAAGAGAUGAUGGUUGGAUGGAAGUAAAAGUAUGGGAAUUUCGAGUGCCUUUUACCACAGAUAAUUAUUCUCAAAGCCCUUUUACCACUAAUAGUAAUUCCAAAAAUCUUCGAUUGACCCUUCACAGUGAGAACUCGCUUAAAGGCCUUAUUGUGCAAGGGAUUGAGUUUAGACCCACACAUGAAGAUGUAGGUUAUCCAGGUUAUGAUACAGAAUGCUCUUAUGAUUCUGAAUGAAUUGAUUGUAAUAGGUUAUAUUCUUUAUGAUUAGGCAUAAAUUAAUUAUAAUUAAAUACAGUGAACUUGUUAACCGGGGUGUAUUUAAAAAAAAAAGGCUAGGGGGUGCCUCACCACCUAAGCGCGCACAGUGGUGUGAUGUGGCAUAGGUGCCUCAGAUACAUUAUGUCCGUGCGGUAUUCGGUGCCCAAGCAUGCUAAAUUUGCUGAUCAGUAGCCACACAAAACCCACUCACCAAUGUUUCCGACG